AUGAGUGUAAUCUUCAGCUUUAUUGCUUGCGUAAUAGCAAUGAGUACCGUCUACGAAGUGAUUAGCUUAAUGAAUCACCGGGAACCACGUCAUACUUUCGUCAUGUGCUCACUCUACUCCAACGGUAACAAAUUGUUCCAGAUAAUAAAACGCCCACAAUUCGCUGGACAGCAAAAGUCCGAGAUAAUCGAUUGUCUCAAUGGAAUCCGUGUGCUCUCCAUGGUCUGGAUAAUUUUCAGUCACAACUUCUUGAUGGUGCUUUCAUCCCCACUGGACAACCAACUAGCGAUCUACGACUGGGUGAAAUCCUACCACAGCAUGCUAGUGCUCGCGUCCACCGUUUCCGUCGAUUCCUUUUUCCUGCUAAGUGGAAUGCUUGUUUGCUGGAGUCUUCUAAAAGAGCUGGAUAAAAAUCGAAAACUGAAUCUCCCAUUAAUGUACCUCCAUCGGUAUCUCCGUUUGACACCGGCCUUCGCUGCAUUGAUACUAGCUUCGGUUACUCUGGUGAAGUAUCUUGGAUCGGGACCGUUCUGGAAUUCUUCGUCGGCUGCUUUAGGUAACGCGUGCGAAACCUACUGGUGGUCUGCACUGCUGUACGUGCAGAACUACGUCAAUCCAACGAAGAUCUGUUUGGGUCACUCGUGGUAUCUAUCGGUGGAUAUGCAACUUUACGUUCUAUCACCGCUGAUUAUCUACCCACUGUGGCGAUGGGGCCGUAAGAUUCUGAUCGCAAUUGUCAUCUUAGUUCUGUUAUCGAUGGGAUGCGUAUUUGCGACGAUCCAAGUGAAAAAUAUACGGAUUGCCUUCGCAGCUACAGGGCAAUUACCAAAUCGAAUGACCCUCACGUACUAUCCGACACAUGCGCGCAUGGGAGCCUGGUUGGUUGGUGUUGUUCUAGGUUAUAUUUUACACGAAACGAAAGGUCGUCGGUUUGUGAUGUCAAAGCUUGCUGUGGUCUUCGGUUGGAUUGCGUCACUCGUCGCCAUGGCAGCGAUAAUCUUUGGUUAUUAUCCUCUACAGCAACCGGACACGUACACGGAUCAUUCCUUGGUCGUGGAUGCUUUGUACGAGUCAACGAACCGGGUAAUCUGGGCCUGCUGUCUAGGCUGGAUAGUGUUCGCGUGCGUCAACGGAUACGGUGGUCCCGUGAACACUUUCUUGAGUUUUCCGGCAUGGCAGCCGCUGGGGCGACUGUCGUACAGUAUGUAUCUUUUGCAUUUACCGCUGCAAGUAAUGUUGACGGGAGUUUUGAAAAGUACGACACACUUCGAUGACAUGAGCGUAGUGCACAGGUUCUGGGGAGAUUUUGGUUUUACAGUCACCCUGGCGCUAGUGUGGAGUUUAGCGUUCGAGUCGCCAAUUGUUGGACUAGAGAAGCUUCUGUUCGGGACACGAAGGAAACCGAGUGCCAUGAAGCAAUCAUUGGUGGCGGAAGAGCAAUCCGGGGGGAACGCUAGCGACUCCACUGCUAGUUUACCCCAUAAAGAAAUAGUUUGAGUUAAAAUUGAAAAUAAAUCGAAGGAGGGA